CAUAUUUAGAAUAAAAUGUCAGGAGUUCAAAGAGUGCGUUUGAAUAACCUAAACAUAAACCUAAAGAGUGCCCUAAUAGUAGGGAUUAUUAUAGCUAAAAAGAAGCCGCGUGCAGUAGGAUCCAAGAAGAAAAAUGGGGAUUCUAGAGGAGUUAUGGGUUUUGUCAUGCGAGAUUCAGAGGUAGAUACCAUUAAUGUCGACGUCUGGGGCUCCGAGUAUUUCGCCUUAACUUUUUAUGAAAGGUUUCUUGUUGGCGAUGUGGUUGAAAUUUCCCAACCGAAGAUUUGCGUUAAAAGCGGCAAUGAUGAGUAUAGACCAUUAGUAACUUCUCCUUUUGAACUUGUCCUAAACGAGGGCACAUCCGACGUGUGUAUCCACACCGGGGACUCGUUUGCGUCGUUUCUCCCGCUCCUCCACAUACCGUCUAAACCGCCGUCUGGUUAUUACGGACUUGGAGAAGUGCUCAAACUGCCAGAAGGUGACAAUGUGUACGUCGACUUGCUCGUUGUAGUAAAGUCUGUAAAGCCAGUAAAAAGCAUCAAGACCAAAGCUGGCGUGGACAUGACUCUGCGGAACGUAGAGAUUAUUGACAACACCACGCCUGCCUCCAUCGAGCUAGUUAUAUUCGACAUAGAUACUAUACAAAGGGCGGAAGACUGGCGUCCGCUCGAAAGCGUGCUGUUUAUAUCGGACGCACGCGUGUCGUGGCGUGGCCGUGUGGGCGUGCAGGUGUCCAUGCGUACUAUUGUUACCCACCAGCCACAUACUGCAGAUGCCGAGGCACUGCUUCUGUAUGUUAGGAACCAGGCUAAUACACGUGGCGGCGAAGCGGCGGCGUGGGCCGCGUGGAGCGGCGAGCGCGCGGCGGCGGCGUCGGCGGCGCAGGUGCGCGACCGCCUCGCCGCCGCCGCGCCCUUCUGCGCCUCGCUGCACGCGCUCUGCACGCAGCUCGACCUCGAGGACCUUGUCGCGGAUCAAAACGUCGAAGAAUUGAGAAUGCGCUUCGCGGAUCAUACGGGAGAGUUAAAUGUCCGCCUUCCUGUGAAUAUACUGGAAGAAGUCCUUGGCUUUUCGGCAGCUCAACUGAAAGCGAUGUCAGCGGACGAACGAGCUUCAGUUCGUUGGAAAAUUCUCUUGGAGCAGUGCACCGUCAAGCUGGCCGGGUCCCCUUCGAGACUGCUUGUGUUAAGUCUGAGACGCGCUUCCCAAGCUGAUCCCAUUCCUCUCUACUAGUUGAUUAUUUACUUACGUAUAAAAUAAAAUUUAUGUUAAGUUUAUGUCG